UGGAACUCGACGAGGAAACGGAUGUGAGGUUUCAGUGCGGGGAGCCGACAUUGAUUUGACACAAGAUCAUCUGCCAAGCAAAAGAAUUCUACGUGCCCGUGUGAAAGUGACCCGAGUUUGAAGCCGGCAAGAUGACAUCUGUAUACAUCAGUCAUACAACUCUGUCAAAUUAUGCCCAUGUCGGUGCAAAUGAAACCUUAAAAGAAUACACCCCUUUCAACAAAACAACACUGCCAAGAACAAAAUCACCACAAACAUUGGAACUGAUGUUUGAGAUUCUUAUGCAGUACCAUCUGUAUGGCUACCCCGUUGUGCUUACAGUUGGUUCCAUAGGCAACGCAUUGUCGUAUUUCACGUUCACUCGUACUAGAUUCAAAAAGGUAUCGUCUAUUCAGUACCUUGCUGCAAUAGCUGUAAGUGACACGGGGUUUCUGUGGACGUUCAUCUUCAACCCACUGUACAGAUACCAUAACAUAUCUCUCAUCGUACACGCAGGGAUCUGCCAGUUUAUGAUGUUUCUAAAUUACGUCUUUACAUUCCUGUCGAUAUGGUAUCUUGCAGCCAUGGUCAUAGAAAAGUUCAUCGGAGUGUACUGGCCGCUGAAGAAGGGUUCCAUGUGUACGCCAUUCCGAGCAAAACUUGUGAUGUGGUUUAUGGCCGCUGUUGCGGUUGCGUGCUAUUCAUAUAUUGGAUAUUUCUUUGGACCUGAAAAGGUGCAGGGCAUUUUACAGUGUAUACCCUGGAAAGAACUUCGCGUUCACUUUGAGAAUCUGAGCAAAAUUGACACAUUUGUUGUGGCAGUUAUUCCUUAUGGCAUCAUUCUUCUUCUUACGUCACUAAUUGUCAUCCGUGGUUGUGAAUAUUACCGGAUAUCCGCUGCUGUUGAUCUUUGGCCCCGUCAAAACGGAAAUUCUAAUACAGACACACCGACAUCAGUUCAUGUUACACGGAUCCUAUUUCCAGUAAUAAUCGUUACCAUGAUGAGCAACAUGCCAGUGAUGAUACUCCGGGCAUUAAUAACUCUGACCGGUCUACAGAAUCAGGAAUUGGGCAAAUGGAACCAAAUAUUUUAUGAAUUUUAUAUAUUAAAUUUUUCAGUUAAGGGCUUUGUGUACAUGUUCUUUUCAAGUAGUUUUCGGCGGCGGAAUACGGAGAUGCUUAAAGGUGGUUGGGAUAGGAUAAAACAUCUCUGUGAAGGAGAGUCAUCGGUUUGUGAUUCAACGCCUCAGAGGAUUCAUUUGGAGGCAAUGACACAUGAUGGCUUGCCGGAAGCCGGACUAAUGCAAUCCGACACUUGAUGUCAGCUUUCUACAAUCAAAAUGACGUUCAUUAUUCUACUUAUAUUUAAUGGAAGAAGGAUUUAGGUUCUGUGGAUACCGUAUUUGUUCUUGGCAAACUGUAACACUUUAAAUAUUAGUUAUUGUGUGUCUGUAUAUUACUACAUGUACGUUCAUUAUCAAACAUUUAGGUGAACUGACGCUACUAAUUAGAUUAUACUAAAAGCCCAUAAUGUCAUAAUGUUGUUUUAAGCGUUUUAUUAUACAUGCUGUCUAGGCUUUUGAAAUAUUAACACAUCAUAACACCUGACAAUUUAUUCUGAAAUACUAACGCAUUCCCCUGUCUGUACCCAGCACUAACCACCACGCGAGGUUCUAAUUAAAAGCGACAUUAAUAGUUCAUACAUGAACAUAUUUGCCAAUUAUUUACAGCACCCACAAUCUAUGGCUUGGUCGGACCAGGAAUUAUCUACAUCCGGUAUGAGGACAUGGCCAGGUCAUUAGCAAAAUCGGUAGGGUGAAAUACAGCUAUGUUUAUUACUCCUCGAGCGUUUGUGAUGUGUGCAGACACCUGAGGGUGGGCAUAAUCAUUAUUGCCAAGCCAAUGCACAGAGUCACCAGCUGGGAGAGAUAAAAUGGGAUGUGAAAUCGACAAGGGCAACAGGAGCUUGCAAUACACUGAGCAAUAAACAAGGGAUUAAUUUCGAUCUCUUUUACUUUAGAUCGAUCAUGCAUGUGAUAGCCUUUUCAACACGCAGAAGAUAUUUUAAACUCAUGAAGUAUGAAACAAUUGCUCCAGGCAAUUAACGUAACAAAUGUGAAAUCAAUGGAAAACAUAACUGCUUAAUUUUGAAACUUCCAUCGGAGAACAAACUGGAGUGCCCGCGGGCAGAUUGCA